GUAAGAGUUCAGACAAUAUGGUUAUUCAUAAGCGGCGCAUGGAUUGACUGACCUGGAAAUGAGCAGUAAAUUGCCUACCGGAAUACAACUCUUCCAAGAAUAUUUUCCUUUCUAUUCUUGUUCCUGUUUUGGAUAUUGCCAGUGACGUCAUGAGUAAGUGUAGGCCAUAUUAUAUUUGCAAUUUCCUAAUUCAAACCGCAGUUGCAAGUAUUUCGAUACUUCUCCUACGGAAAACACGCAUGAAGAAAACGCAAAAGCUCUGGCUUGGUGUUUUCCUGUGUCUUUCUUUCGUCAUGGCAAUAAUAGCUCUGAUCCGAGUGGGUGGCAUCAAAAUAGACCAUAUCAUAGACAACGCCUGGGCAAUAUACUGGCAAUACAUCGAGGGGUGCGUUGCCUGUAUAAUGGUAUCUGUUGUUCCCUUCAGUACGCUUUUUGUUACGGCUAGGUCCCGCUCGUCGGGCAAAAAGCGGAAGGGCCCCUCAUCGUCCCUGAUUCACUUUUGGAAACAACGAAAAAAUAGUCCCGGAAGUGAAAAUUGUGUUGAGGUGAGCAGCGGUGCAUUUAAGUUGCCCAAACCACCCAACGCAAUUUUGUCGGGCAUGAGAACAUUCAUUAGGAGGAAUAAUUGAGAUGUUUCAAAAGAUCUCACAACUGUCGAUUCCACGGCUUUGGUUUCCAAGAGCUUUGGUACUGUAUUCGUGGAAACCGAACAAGAGUACCAGAAAUAUCUUCGGCAGACUGCAGAUAGCGGCGAACCUCAGGUAUGGCAUAUCUUCUUCUCGAGAUACUUUUCUGAGGCUAAAUUUUGUAAUCUCUAAGGCCAUUUACAACAUGCCUCCCAAAAUCAGAGUGCAGACAAUAUUGUGUAGGUGAAACGCGGAGGUGGACUUUAACGACUGUCAACGAUUGAUAAGCCUGUCUAAGUUUUGUCAUCUCACAUUGUUUACUGAGCUUA